GGAUGGAUGGAGUGCUACCGCAAAUGAAAUAAAAUUAAUCCAAGUGUGUUGUGAAAAAUAAUUAAUUUGCCUCAAAAGGAACAUUGCCAUCAUGUUAGCUAAUAUUUUAUAUACUUCAAUUUACGUUCUUUUGUUUAUAUUUUCCAUUCCAAAUAGCAAAUCAGAGUUUUCAACAGAAGAUUGCGCUUCACUUGGAUUUAUCAAAGCUAACUUGUUGUGCUCAUCCUGUGAUCAAUUGAAAGAUUUUAGCCUAGAUGACCUAGUGGUUCACUGCAAGGAAUGUUGUCACAAUGACGAAUCUGCCCCAAAACAAAAGAAAUAUGCUCGUGCCAUACUAGAAGUAUGUACUUGCAAGUUCCCAGCAUAUCCUCAAAUUCAAGCAUUUGUCAAAAGUGAUCGCCCUGCAAAGUUUCCUAAUUUACAAAUCAAGUACGUUCGUGGUUUAGACCCUAUUAUUAAGUUGCUCGACAAAGAUGGCAUUGUAAAAGACACUGUGGCUAUUGAAAAGUGGAAUACUGACUCUGUUGAAGAAUUUCUAAAUACUCAUUUAGAAAAGGAAGAAGAUGACGAACGCAGUUAUUUAAAAACGAACCAAAUUUAAUAUCUGAAUAAGUAAUAAAUAUUUUUACUAAAC